AUGGAACCCCUCUACCCAGAAUGGAACCCCUCGACCCAGUAUGGAAACCCUCUACCCAGUAUGGAACCCCUCGACCCAGUAUGGAACCCCUCGACCCAGUAUGGAACCCCUCGACCCAGUAUGGAAACCCCUCGAACCAGUAUAGAACCCCUCGAUCAGGUAUGGAACCCCUGGACCCAGUAUGGAAACCCUCUACCCAUUAUGGAACCGCUGGACCCAGUAUGGACCCCUCAACCCAGUAUGGAACCCAUCUACCCAGAAUGGAACCCCUUUAAUCAGUAUGGAACCAAUCGACCCAGUCGGGAAACCCCCUACCCAGUUUGGAAACCCUCUACCCAGAAUGGAACCCUUCUACCCAGUAUAGAAGCCCUCGACCCAGUAUGUAACCCCACUACCCAGAAUGGAACCCCUCUACCCAGUAUGGAACCCAUCGACCCAGUACGGAACCCCUCUACCCAGUUAUGGAACCCCUAUACCCAGUUACGGAACCCCUAUACCCAGUAUGGAACCCCUCGACCCAGUACAGAACCCCUCUACCCAGUUAUGGAAACCCUAUACCCAGUUAUGGAACCCCUCUACCCAGUAUGGAACCCCUCGACCCAGUAUAGAACCCCUCUACCCAGAAUGGAAACCCUCUACCCAGUAUGGAACCCUUCUACCCAGUAUGGAACCCAUCGACCCAGUACGGAACCCCUCUACCCAGUUAUGGAACCCCUAUACCCAGUUAUGGAAACCCUAUACCCAGUAUGGAACCCCUCGACCCAGUACGGAACCCCUCUACCCAGUUAUGGAAACCCUAUACCCAGUUAUGGAACCCCACGACCCAGUAUGGAACCCCUCGACCCAGUAUGGAACCCCUCGACCCAGUAUGGAACCCCUCGACCCAGUAUGGAACCCCUCGACCCAGUACGGAACCCCUCUACCUAG